GGCUGGAGGGCUGGGCUGCCGCAGCUCCGGGUGCUGCGGACCUGCCUCUGCGUUGGGCUGAUGGGGAGAUUGUCACCGAGUGGGACGGAGAGGAGCCGGUGGAUUUUCUUGCACCAGAGAAGUUUCUGCAGAACCAGCAUCUCAGUUAUGGGCAACUCCUGUCCCUGCUGCUGGGAGUGGAGGGGAAUGGGACUGGGAUGGAGACCGGGGUGCUCCUGCUCCGGGUCCAGCUGGUGCUGGAGGGUGAGGGGAUGGAGAUCACCAUGUCCAGCAGUGAGACCCAGCCCCAGCGCGGAAAGCAGGCUGUCACCUUCAGGCUGCACGAGGCAGAGGAGGGUGUGGAGCCUUUACUGUCGGCCUUCAGCUUCCAGCGCCUGCUCUCCAACCUGACCGCCCUCCGCCUCCGUGUGAGCCGCGGCCCCGUGCGAGGCAGGCUGUCCCUGAGUGAGGUCCAGCUCACGUCUGCUCGCCCUGGGCCGGGGGUGCGGGCGGGCUGGGUGGAGGAGUGCACGUGUCCCCCGGGCUACAUCGGGCAGUUCUGCCAGUCCUGCGCACCCGGCUUCAAGCGGGAGAUCCCCUUCGGUGGCCCCUUCGUCAGCUGCGUGCCCUGCACCUGCAACCAGCACGGGGACUGCCACCCCCUCACAGGGCACUGCCAGUGCUUGCACAAUACAGAAGGUCCCUCCUGCGAGCGCUGCAGCCCUGGGUUUUACGGCAACCCCUUCGUAGGGCGCUUCGAUGACUGCAAGCCGUGCCCCUGCCCUGGUCACUCGCCCUGCACUGAGGUGCCCGGCAGCGGGGAGGUGGUCUGCACCCACUGCCCCCCGGGGCAGAGAGGAAAACGCUGUGAGCUCUGCGAUGAUGGGUUUUUUGGGGACCCCCUGGGGCAGAGGGGCCCUGUGCAUCCCUGCGUCCCCUGCCAGUGUCACGGGAACGUGGAUCUCAACGCCGUGGGAAACUGCGACCCCGUGUCCGGCCAGUGCCUGCGCUGCUUGUACAACACGACGGGCGAGCACUGCGAGAGGUGUCGAACGGGCUUCUAUGGGGAUGCGCUGGCUCCCAACCCUGCUGGGAAGUGUGCACCUUGUGAUUGCAGCCCUGAUGGCUCAGCCCCUGGGAUGGAAGGCUGCGAUCCCGGCACGGGCCAGUGCCACUGCCUCCCGCAUGUGACAGGCAGAACCUGCGGGCUCUGCCAGCCCGGCUACUAUGGCCUGCAGCCCGCCGUGGGGUGCAGGAGCUGCAAGUGCCACUCGAUGGGGUCGCGGGAGAGCGGGUGCCACGCACUGACGGGGCAGUGCUCCUGCCAGCCAGGCGUCACGGGGAAGCAGUGUGACCAAUGCCACCAUGGCUUCUUUGGCUUCUCAGCCAGGGGCUGCCGAGCCUGCAACUGCUCCCCACUGGGCUCCGUCACCCCGCAGUGCCGUGAGAACAGCACCUGCCUCUGCCACCCCGGCUUCGUGGGCUACAAGUGCGCCCGGUGCCAAGCCAACUUCUUCCCCGACCCGCCCAGCUCCCGCUGCCAGCAGUGUCCUGCCUGCUACGGGCUGGUGCAGGAUGAGGUACAGCCCCUGAAGGCCAGGCUGCAGGAGAUGGAGGAAUGGCUGCAAAAAACAGGAUGCGACCAGUCCCCUGUGCUGGGAGAUGCGCCUCGGGGAGAUGGACUGCCCAGCCCUUAUCUCCUGCAAG